AAAAAAUUGUAAUGCGAAUGCAAUUAACAUCUCUAGUGUUCCCAAAUCCCCCGUAUAUUCCGACAGUCACGACUCACGAGUAUUAUGAGGGCUCGAAUCGAACAAAUAACUCAACUCUCUCUCUCCCCGGAGCUGUAAGCAAAAAAAUAAUUCUUUAGAUCCGAUCUCUGCAGAUCCACUCCAGGGAAAAUGUCAUCAACUUUCAGCGGCGAUGAAACGGCGCCGUUCUUCGGCUUCCUUGGUGCCGCGGCUGCUCUAGUUUUCUCCUGUAUGGGUGCGGCGUACGGCACGGCAAAGAGUGGCGUUGGUGUGGCGUCGAUGGGCGUGAUGCGACCGGAGCUGGUGAUGAAGUCGAUAGUUCCGGUGGUCAUGGCUGGAGUUUUGGGUAUUUAUGGAUUGAUUAUUGCUGUGAUCAUCAGUACUGGAAUCAACCCUAAGGCAAAGUCAUACUACUUGUUUGAUGGCUAUGCUCACCUUUCUUCCGGUCUCGCUUGUGGCCUCGCUGGCCUUUCUGCUGGUAUGGCCAUUGGAAUUGUUGGGGAUGCUGGUGUUAGAGCCAAUGCACAACAACCAAAGCUCUUUGUAGGGAUGAUUCUUAUUCUUAUUUUUGCUGAAGCGCUGGCUCUUUAUGGCCUUAUCGUUGGCAUCAUCCUCUCUUCUCGUGCUGGUCAGUCUAGAGCAGACUAGAAGAAACGGUUGAUUUGUGCUGAUGGUAGGUAGUAGUUCAGGACUUUGGUUUUCCCUAAAUAAGGUUCUCUAUUAAUUUAUAUGUUCUGCAUGCUUGAAUUGUGUAAAACUAAUUUGCUUGUAUCAUUUUGUGGAAACAUCAUUCUUUUUAUCGAUUUCAUGUGUAAGACUUCUGGAAUUUUUUUUUCUGUUACAUGUUCCUACGAUUGUGAUGAACUUAACUGUUCCAACUAUCAUUUUGAUAGUUCUUCAUUAUAAAUCUUAAUGUCUUGUUGGGAUCA